AUGGCCGCCUUCACUGCACUUUUUGUGCUGUGGACAUUAACAGUCCAAACACUCGCCAAAGCCGUCAACACCAGUUCAUUUUUGCCAAUCCCCGAUAAACCAAGGGUUUUCAUUGUUUCUGACAUCUCCAAUGAGCCUGACGAUGCCGAGUCCUUGACCCGAUACUUGCUAUACGCCAACCAGUUCCAGACAGAGGGAAUUGUCGCCGUCACGUCAACAUGGCUGCGAGACGAAGUCUAUCCUGAAGAUUUGCUGUCCGUGAUCGAUGCCUAUGGAAAUGUGACAGCCAACCUCAACCGCCAUGCUCCCCCGGAUUCUCAAUACCCGUCAGGAAAGCACAUGCGCAGUCUUGUGCGGAAGGGCGCUGCAACCUACGGCAUGACUGCGGUUGGCAAAAAUGUCACUUUGAGUGAUGGAGGGAAGUUGCUCCUUGAACGCCUCCUAGAGAAGUCCGACCAGCCAUUAUGGGUACUCGCAUGGGGUGGAACCAACGUCCUCGCCCAAGUGCUAUACAAAAUCCAAGAUACCUACUCGGCGACCGAAGCCGCCGCGAUCCGGUCUCGUGUCCGUGUCUAUGCGAUCUCUGACCAGGACGACACAGGUGCCUGGAUUCGCCAGCAAUUCCCAGACGUGUUUUACAUUUCCUCAACCCACGGCUGGAACCAGUACGGUCUUGCUGCGUGGAUUGGGAUUUCCGGAGAAGUCUACUACGGUAGAGAUAUUGGAGGCUCCGACAACACAACGGUCGACCACAAGUGGUUGCGCGACAACAUCCAGAUUGGAACUUAUGGAAAAGCUGCGUAUCCAGACUUCAAGUUUAUCAUGGAGGGCGAUACCCCGACCUUCCUGUAUUUGAUUCAGAAUGGACUGGGUGUCUCCGAGCGGCCUGAUUAUGGGUCUUGGGGCGGUCGUUACUCGAAGGUCAACCCGUCCACUAUUCUCAAUUUCAACCACUACAGUGAUACUGCCGACCGCGUGGUCGGAAAGAACAACAAGACCUUCGUCUCCAACCAGGCGACAAUCUGGCGAUGGAGAAGUGCUUUCCAGAAUGAUUUUGCCGCUCGUAUGCAGUGGUCUCUCCCGGCCAACAUCAGCAAAGCAAAUCACCACCCCAUCGUCUCGGUGAAUGGCAGUGCCUCGUUGGCCCCAUUGAAUAUCACCGCCAUGGCUGGCUCCACCAUCACGUUCAAUGCUGGAGCAACGUCGGAUCCCGACGGCGAUUCUUUGAGCUUCAAAUGGUUCCAGUACCGUGAGCCUGGAUCAACGGAUUGGAACGUUGCUGGUCAGGUACCUGCGUUCAAUGUUACAUCCACUAACGGCGGCCGGGAGGCCAAGGUGCAGCUUCCUGCAGCUAGCGAAAGCUGCAAUGGAAAAGCUGAAACCUCUUCCGGAUGCUGGUUGCUACAUUUGAUCCUGGAAGUGACUGAUGAUGGAUACCAUCCUCUUACGAGCUAUCGCCGAAUCUUGAUCCAGACAUCCAACACGACCAAAACCUCUUGA